GAAGAGCUGUACGAGAAGUUCCUGGCCCCCGACGAGCCGUGCCCGCUCCUUUCGCACCAGCACCCUCCGCGGGGCGGGAGCCUGAGCGAGGAGGGGUGCCUGGACGUCAGCGACUUCGGUUGCCAGCUCUCGUCCUGCCACCGCACCGACCCGCUGCACCGCUUCCACUCCAACAGAUGGAACUUGACUUCUUGUGGAACGAGCGUGGCCAGCUCAGAGUGCAGUGAGGAGCUGUUCUCCUCGGUUUCAGUUGGUGACCAAGAUGACUGCUAUUCUCUGCUGGAUGACCAGGAGUUCACCUCUUUUGAUUUGUUCCCUGAAGGCAGUGUCUGCAGUGAUGUCUCUUCCUCUAUCAGCACAUACUGGGAUUGGUCAGACAGCGAGUUUGAAUGGCAGCUGCCUGGCAGUGACAUUACAAGUGGGAGUGAUGUACUUUCUGACGUUAUACCUAGUAUUCCAAGCUCUCCAUGUCUGCUUCCAAGAAAGAAAAACAAGCACAGGAAUCUUGAUGAACUUCCAUGGAGUGCAAUGACAAACGAUGAACAGGUUGAAUAUAUUGAAUAUUUAAGUCGCAAAGUCAGUACGGAGAUGGGCCUUCGAGAGCAACUUGACAUUAUCAAAAUUAUUGAUCCUACUGCUCAGAUAUCACCUACAGACAGUGAAUUCAUUAUUGAGCUAAACUGUCUCACAGAUGAAAAAUUGAAACAGGUGAGAAACUAUAUCAAAGAACAUGGACCUCGUCAGCGAUCUGCAAGGGAAAACUGGAAGAGGAGUAACUACAGUUGUGCCAGUACCAGUGGUGUGAGUGGUGCCAGCGUCAGCAGCAGCAGUGCCAGCAUGGUCAGCUCGGCGAGCAGCAGUGGUUCCAGUGUUGCUAACUCUGCUUCAAAUUCAAGUGCCAACAUGAGUCGAGCGCACAGCGAUAGUAAUUUGUCUGCAAGCGCUGCAGAAAGAAUCCGGGAUUCAAAAAAACGUUCCAAGCAACGGAAACUACAGCAAAAAGCCUUACGCAAGAGACAGCUGAAAGAGCAAAGACAAGCUCGUAAGGAAAGACUGAGUGGAUUAUUUCUUAAUGAAGAAGUGCUCUCCUUAAAAGUGACUGAAGAGGACCAUGAAGGAGAUGUGGAUGUUUUAAUGUGACAGGGGUGAAUUUCUCAGUGUUCUUUCUAAGCCUUAAAUGUAUUAUUGUUUACAUGUAUUUCUUGACCAAAUUUUGAUUAACGUUAGCAGUAUAAACCAGGUCUUUCCUCAAGUAUAAUUUUUGUAAGAUGUUCUAAGAGUUGAGUAACUUCAGCUUUUUGAGAUUUAAUUUUGCAAGUAAGACUUCAGAAACUUAAUUGACUUCUGAAAAGCUGCUGAAUAGAUAGUUGUUAUGGAAAACUGAACUUGGCUAACAUGCUACUUUCUUGCAAGGCAUAUACCUAGGGAUGCUUUUGGAUGACACUAAGUAUGCAGUUCUAUAUUCCAGCAUUUUUUGUUUUCACUUAGUUUGUGUUAUUAAACUUGGCUGGUUUUGUCUCUUUCUUUCCUGUUAGGAAAGUUGUUUAGCUUGGGGGGGGGUGGUACCAAACAGACUUCAAUUCUGUAAGGCUUUCUUUAGUCUUUCUGUUGGAUCAUACAAAAUCAAAAUACUGUGAUAAAUCCCAUUGAUAGUAGUUGCUGAUUACCUCAAACUACAUAGAAAGUAAGAAGCAGGACUUCUAAAGCAGAAAAUCUGUAUACAUAAAUAAUGCCUAAUUGUAUAGUUGUUUAGGAAGCAGGUGGAUUUAAGAAAAAGAAAAAGACAAAAAUUACAAUUUGCAAACUUAGUCUUUAAAAAAUUAUUUUGCUGCUCAAUGUCCAAGUCUGAUCAAUAGUAGAGGUUGACCAGUACAUCCCAAAGGUUGCUGUAAAGAGAUUCAAAUGGAAUACUUUUAUGCAUUAAAAGUGCAUUAAUCUUUAUUAAAGUUGUCUAGGACCCUUUUUAGAAUAGUUAAAAAUGCUGCUGGAAUCAGAUUUGCAAAAGAGACGCACAGCUUUGGUGUCUUUUUUCCUUUAUUUCUAAAUUUAUAUCUAAAUUCAUCUUGUAGUCAGGAAAGCUUAGGCGCAGACACAGCUCUGACUCUUCUAAUUAAAUACUUACUUCCUUUGCCCCCUAGCUGAGGUGUGAGUCUUCCGUGUGAGUUGUUGCACUGCUCCAAAUGUGCUUCAGAAUCCUGCUUUUGAAGUAUCUCUUAAAAUUCACUUUACUGGGGGGAGGUAAAAGUAGUAGAUCUAACCUGUUUCCUCAUCAUGACUAUUUGUAAAGCGACUUCUGUCCUUGCCUUGGAACUACUGGUUACAAUAUUCUUUCCACCAGCACCUGAGAUAAAAUUGGUACUUCUAAAUUUCAGUGUGAAAUGUAAGGGGCUAUAAAAGCAUUUUCUAGUUCUGAGUUCAGGAAGGUGAUUUUUUUUUUACUUUUUUUUGUUUUAGUACUGAUGCUUUACUGCUUUCGUUUUGCUCUCAUUAAUUAAUGAGUUCAGUGUGGUCACAGGUGCCUGUAAAUGCAGCAUACAGCCCAGUCCUGCAGAAUCACACAAUCCACUUCAUAUGGGUUUGGAGCAACUUGCUCACUCAUUUUGCAUGUCUUACACAUACUUGUUUGCUGUGACAGCUCAAGUAUCUUAAUUUUAGAGGUGGCAUUCCCUGUGGCUCUGAAAUAUACAGACCAGUAAAAUAUCUGAACAAUGGCUUCUGAAAGGGCUUCAGGGAGAUAUAAGUGAGGUCCAUUCUCUAACUAGUACGUGUGGACUUUGUCACUCUCAUUGCUGCCAGACUUAGCCAUUGAUUAAAAAAAGGUAUGUAAUGUCAUUUGAAACUUGGAUGUUAGUUUCUCUGUAUUGCCCAUCAUUUGGCUGCUAACCAGAAGUGACUAUUUCCUGUCAGUAUUCAUUUGCACUGCUCUAUAACUGGCUGAUACCUCUCUUCCUUCUGUAGAAACAAUACUAAAGAGUUUUUAGUGGCGUACAAAGAUGCAAUGCCUCAGGAUGGUGGAGUUUGAGGGUGUGUCAUUUUAGUCUGUUUCAGUAGCCUUUCAGAGUUUAAAUUCCUCAGGCUGUGUUGAGAGCUGGACCCCCUUGUUUUGAUGAGAUACCUGUCUGCUAGCUUCCCGUGCUUAUUAAAUGAGAGAGGAUAGUAUUUCCAGCCUGAUCCUAAGUGAGUAUAAAUUAAUCCAAGUGAUUAAAUUGUUCUAAUUACUCACCUGCUGCAUUGGAGAAAAGUUCCUGGGUGCCACGGUAGCUGGUUGGGGUGGGUCAUCUCCAGCUGGGUACUUCCAUUGUUUCAGUUCAGACAAAUGGACAGAAAACUGUGGGUUUACAGGGGUGCCAUGUAACUUACAGCUCUGUAAUCUUGUGGUUCCAGAGCGAUUUUAACCUAAGAAUACAAAACUAGGAAUGCUCUGAUCAGAUCAUUCAUGACUGCUUGCUUACCUGUGUGCUGAGUACUUGGCAUCUCUGAGAAUUGCACUAGGAAUAGCUGUGGGAUUGGGACUGUAUCACAUACUUCUAUGUGCACUUUUUUCUUUUGUAUCCUCCUUAGUUUCUGAUGACACCCUAAUUUUGAGCAGAGGUGAGAGGAGAGGUGUUUUUCUCAGAUUCUGCAAAAUACUGUAUGCUUAAAAUUAGUAUUGGAUUCCUGAUGCGUUAGUCAUUGAAAUUUUGUUAAACCUCAUCUUGCUGAUUCAAGUGUUAAGCAUUACAGCUGCUGCUUUGUUUUACAGGAGGCUAUCUACAGCUUGCUGGGUUCAGAUAGGUGCAGAACAACAAUAGACUGUUCAAAUUCAGACUUAUUUUGUAGUGAGUUUAAAGAAAAAAACCAACAGCAAAACUCUGUUUCCUUCAUUGAAGAAAAAUGUCAUCUUUAAAAGCAGAAUAGAGACACAUAAGGAAAAAAAUUAAUAGAUGUAUUGCUCCAUGGUACUGAAGCUGUGUAACUAUGUGCUUUGUACCCUCUGUAAUACAAAUGUAAUUAUUUAAGCUGUGUAACAUUAAUGGUUUGCUUCCAUGGUAACUUUUUCUCUGAAAAGGCUUAGAAGGAGCACUGAAAGUCUGAUUGCAAUAAGACUGUAAACAAUAGAGAACAUUCUUUUCUAUAUAAUUUUAACUAUAAGGAAGAAAGCUAGCUGCCUGACAAACCUGUCUAAUCUGUGUGUGUAUCUGAUGUCGCCCUUUGUUAAGACAUGAACUAUUUUUCUUUAUGUGGGAAGCUGAUUAAAAGAUCUUAUGCUGAGUAUGGGGUGCUUACUAAGAAGAGCAAUCAAGGUGUUUGCAAGGUUUUCCUAGGUUUAACUUUUAGUUCUCAUACUGUGGUUUGAAACCUGUGAAGAUCAUGGUCAUUCUUUGGGGGAAAAAUGAAAAAACCCACAACUAUUUGGGUUUAUUCAUAUGCAUUUACAACAGAGCACAUAUAUGGUAUAGAAGCAUAUAAAAUGGCAAUAUUUACUAUUCAUCUAUGCUAAUGGCCUGAAGCCAUUCCUUUUUUCUUAACACUCCUUGAGCUUUGAAUUCAGUUGCUGCAUUGGUCUACAAAUACUAAUAAACCUGACUGUUCUGAGGUCUUGAGGUUCAUUGUCAUAAGCCAGUUUUUCAUGGCUGAUGUUAGAUUUAUUGGUUUAAGAUUCUUGAGCUUAUGAUUCUUGCGGUUUUUGGGUGCAGAAAGGACCUAAUUAACACACUGUUUUCCAUUUAGGGAUUGCAAAGUUCAAUUAUUAAUCUACCAAGUGCAAAUGUUAAUAAUAUUCAACGCUUGACUGUUUUGACUUUUAGCUCUGAUUAAGUAUACUUGCAUUCUCUCUCAUCUGGCUAACUUUAAGGUAUUUCCAAAUUAUAAAUAAAUUCUUCAGUUAAAAAAAGUGAUGUUGAAGCCUUGAAUACAGUUAAUAACCAAAGCAAGGAGAAAGUGAGUUUUUUCUUGUUUUUUUUUUUUUUGGAGUUGGGGGUGAGAUGGAUGGUAUAGUUUAAGUGGUACUGCUUACACUGAGGCUUUUUUCAGGUUUUUUGCUAAUUUUAUUUCUGAAAUGCACUUUUGUAUAGAGAACUGUUUUAUGUACGUUCUGUAUCUACUUUCCACAAUGUUUAUAGAAAUUUUUCUGAAGUUGUGAAGGAUUUACCAAUUGCCAUGCUGAUGACUGCUAUUUACUUCAAAUUUUUGUUGUAUUUGAAAAUAGUCAUGUGCAUAUUGGAAUACAGGUUGGAAUUAAAACUGACGACGUAGCAAAGUUAUUAAACUGUGAUAUCGUGUUCAGAA